AUGGCAAAUCUAGACAGUGAACUCUUCGUAAUAGUGUUUGGUAUAGUGGUGUGGGUGUUGGAGUUCGCAUGGGACAACCAGUACUGGUUCCACCUGGCUACGCUGGGUGUCCCCGCGGGAGGGUCCAUCCUGCUAGCGGUAGCCAGUGUGUUGCAGCUCAGGCCUGAUGAUCGUGUCACAGUCUGCCACGGCGCAUUCCUCUCGACUCUGGGCGUGAUGUUCUACCUGAGCCUGUACUGGCUGGUGCAAGACGCCGUCACUACCACACCGCUCGGCCGCCGCCUCGUCAUCAACUACAGCUUGACAAGAGCUGACGUCACUGAGAUCAGCCACAAGGUAGUAUCCUGUACAGAAGGCCUUCUGUCCUGCCUGGCCGGUGCCAUAGUGGUGCUCUACUCGUGCUCGCGGGACCCGCUGCGCGCCUCGCACUUCGUGUCGGAGGCGUACGCGUGGUUCAGCAUCAGCUACUUCUUCUGUGACCUUUGGAUGCAGUAUAAGGUAUUCUCCGAAGACAAGAUAGAAGAGGCCCUUUCCACCCGCAACCUCAUGCACCUCGCCGACCCGCUCACCCCGCGCCAGCACAUCCGCGGGCCUCCCUUCCUGUACUACUGUAGGGCUGACCCACUGACUGUCAUACACCACUUGGUGUUGGGCAGCUUUGUGUCGAGGAUGAUUGUUUACCUCCGCGGCUCGCACGGCGACUGCCUAUUCGGCUUCCUCUACCUCAUGGAACUAUCCACCCCCUUCGUAUCUUUACGAGGGAUCUACCGACGUCUGCGCAUGCGCUACUCCCGCGCGUACUUGGCCAAUGUGCUGGCUAUGAUGGUGACAUUCUUCAUAUGUAGGGUCGUCAGCCUGCCCUAUGUGUGUCUGGUUUAUUAUAAUGUGAUCCAUAUGCCGUAUUUUAAGGGUGUCCAAUCCCUGCCCAACGACUGCAAGCUAGUAGUGACCCUCAUGCUGGUCCCGCAACUGGUGUGGUUCUACAAGAUGGUGCGCGGUUACAUGAGGCUGAGCCGCGAGGCGGAGGCCCGGCGGGGACAGCUGGCGGCGUUGGAGACCAAGAGUUCCCUGAAUUUUCACUACAACAAUAUGUACAUGUAGUUGAUGGGACGACCUCUCAAACAAUCAUCAUCAGUGGCACACGUCCACUUUUGUCUUCUACUGGACAUAGACCUGAGACAUGGAAGCACUCACAU